AUGCCCGCCAAUCCAGAAAACAUCAUCAACCGCCUCCAGAAAUGGGGUGCCUGCGACGUAGCUGAUGGCCUAUCCAAGCUCAAAUAUCCAAAUGGCGGCUUCCUCGAGGGCUUAACAAUGUACUCUCCGGAGUUCCAGUCCGGCGAGACUAAGCUUAUUGGUCAAGCAUACACGGUCAAGUUCGUUCCUAAAACGGACAAAGCAGCACCGAAGGUCCAAGGGAACUAUAUUGAUAAAACCCCUCCGGAGCGGUGA